AUGCUUCGCAUGCUCACUGACCCUGUCUUGGAUCCUAUUGGACUGCAUCCCAGUGGACCACUCCGCCACUGUAAUUCAUGGAAACUGCACGCCCUGAUUCUGCUAUCCUGCUGGGAUUUCGGGGUGUACGAGGACCUCUUUGGCCUAUCGACGCCCUGUGUGCAUGUCGUGUGCACCCUGGUCGAGGCCCAACAGAUCCUCACCCUCUCUGAUCUAUGGCGUACGAGGCUGGUCGUUCCAGUCGUCAGCGCCAUCAUGCGCAGUUCCUUGUGCCUCGAGGUCUCUGGCUGCGUGGCUGUUCUCAGUGUUGUGGACGAUACGUCUGUUCUAUAUCGGGGCACCGCCCUCCAUUGCAACAACAAUGCAUAUUAUCGCUUGUUAUCAUGCCUGAAUUUGGGUCCGACUAUCCAACGCUUGGCGCUUAUCCCAAAAGACAACCGUGGCCCCGCCCGGUUGGCCUUCUACCUCGCGGGUCUUUGGGAUCGCACACCUAUUUUCUUUCUUACCACCAUCAUCGUCUACAAGAAGCAACAUUUCCCGAUAACUGCGCGAUAA